UGCUAUUGACAUCUAAUGCCUUGCAUACAUUGUUCCAUUAAGUCAGCUCUUGGCAAAACACAUUUGAAUGGUUUGUUUUAUGCUGUAACUGUUAGAAUUACUUUAAACUUUUUUUUAUUUGAGGUGUGUAUAAAAGAUAUGGAUAUAGAACUUGAGUCAAGAAAUAAAAACUGUCAAGAUAAUAAUGAAAGUCCAACAUGCGGAAAAGACUUUAUAUAUGUUGAAGACAAUAGUAGUGAUCCUGUAGACAAAAAGUCAUUGUCGUCAUUGACUUCAAGCAAGAAGUCUUUAUGCAGCAAUGGUAGUAGUUUUGCUGAUGUCCAAAGUAUUGAUUAUGAACCUAAAAUGAGUAACGAACAUGGUGAGGAUGUUAGUAGACUGGUUGCUGAGGCACAAAUGGAAGAUUUCUUUCCAAAUUAUUAUGCCGAAGAAGAAGCCAUUGAAGAUUCUAAAGAGUUUCGUUCACAGUCAGAUCCUGAUACAAGCAAUACAUCCGAUGAAGAUGAUUUAGGUAUAAAGCGGUCUUCGUCAGAGGGUCAUGCAAAAGAUGCUUGUGUCCUUUUUCAUAAUAUAACUUAUUUGGGCUCCUCAACGGUAAAUGCACCGGUGAGUGAAAUUGAACUACGUAAAGCAAUGUCUAUUUUAAGAGAUCAUACACAAGUCAGUAUUGAUGUGUUAUUAUCAGUUGGACUUAACCCACAUGGUGACAUUCGUUUGAUAGACCCUGAGUCUAGGACAGACAUUGCAACAUAUAGCAUCAAUAAAAUAUGUUUUUGGGGAAAAGGUGAUAGCAAUAAUCGUGAAAAGGAUUGCUUUGCAUUUAAUAUAAGUCACGGAAAAGAAGAAACAAUAUAUCACUGCCAUGUAUUUAAAAGUGAAGAGGAAGAUGAUGUUUCAAAGAUUGUGCAAUCGCUAGCUCAAACAGUAAAGAAAGACAAAAAGAGAAAGCAGCUUGCAUAUCCACUGAAAAGAGGAUUAUCUUUGGAUCCAAACAACCUUACUUUUAAAUUCAAUAUUACCUUGGAUAUUUGGGAAGAAGAUGGCAAAGGCUCAUUUCAAACUGUGUCUAGGGAUAAAAAUCACUUCAAGUUAAGAAAAGAGCUUCAUCGUAAAGUUGUCCUCAUUAUUGAGCAAGUGAGCAAUCGUAAAUUAAAGAUAGAAAGGUGUUUUGGUUUGCUUCUUGCUCAAGGCAAGGAUGUUGCUGAUCAAGAUCUGCACCUGUUGCAAUAUGUUCAAACAGAUCAGCGUCCUAAUGGUCGUGUCAUUAUCUCUGGUCACUGGGACCCAAGUAUAGAACACUGGAAACUACUAAAUACAGAUACAGGAAAAGAUAACCGAAUUUCAUUGACAGUGGCAGCUGACAUUAUAUUUCAAGAUCUCAAAGAACCUGUACGUAUCUUUAAAGAAGCAAAAGUGAGAAUUUUUGGUUCAACAGAGAAAUUUUGGAAUCCUAGUAAACCAAAAAUACAAGAAGAAUAUAUAUUACAACUGAAAGAGAAUUUUACAGAACUUGGGGAGAAAUAUUUUGAAAAAGAAAGUCUACAAAGUGCAACUGACAUUGCAAAGUUGAAAGCUUUCCAGAAUGUUUCAAGGAACUCUUCGUCAUCGUUUUGGAGAUCUAAUCAGAACAAAGUACCAAAUGAAAGAACAAUCUCAGUUGAUACAGAAGCAGAAGAAAUCAUAGGUCCAGAUGAGGAGGAAGAAGAAGAUGAGGAACCAUUACUGUCUGGAAGUGGUAGUGUUGGUCAAGAGCAUAGUGAUGAAGAGCUAGCAAGUUGGAGUGAUGUUUUAGCCAAAUGGAAAGACCUUGACUCAAAACCAGCUAAAGUGCUACAGCUUGUUAGAAAAGGUAUUCCAGAUGUACUACGUUGUCAAAUAUGGCAGAUGAUGGCAGGCUUAACAGAGGAAUCAGAGUUGUUAAACAGUUAUGCAUAUUUAACUAAAAAGGAAUCUCCGCAAGAACAAGUGAUACUAUGGGAUGUAACUCGUACAUUUCCUGCACAUGAGUUUUUUCAAGAAGGUGGUGGGCAAGGACAGAAUGCAUUGUAUAAUAUCAGUAAAGCCUAUUCUGUGUAUGAUGAAGAAGUUGGUUAUUGUCAAGGGUUAUCAUUCUUAAUUGCUGUAUUUUUAUUACAUGUACCUGAAGAACAAGCCUACUGUUUGUUGGUGAAAAUUAUGUAUGAUUAUGGACAUCGUGAUAUGUUUAAAGACAGCUUUGACAGUUUGCAUCAAUCGUUUUACGUUCUUGAUCAUUUAAUGGAGAAUUCUAUGCAAGAUUUGUACCUGCACCUUCGUGCUGUCAAUGUGGAAGUUCAUAUGUUUGCUUCACAAUGGUUUUUAACGUUAUUCACUGCCAAGUUUCCUCUGUGUUUGGUGUACCAUAUCAUGGAUCUAAUCCUUUGUGAGGGUUGUGAUGUUGUGUUUCAAGUGGCACUUGCUCUAUUAAAAGAUUCCAAGAAAGAGUUGCUGGCACUGGAUUUUGAAGGCAUUCUAAAAUACUUUCGUAUUAACUUGCCAAAGAAAUAUAUGGUUGAAAGUAAUCGUAAAAACUUGAUGAGCAUAGCGUAUAGUUUUAAGAUCCCAAAGAAACGUUUGCAAAAAUACAAACAGGAAUAUUACGCCAUGAAAGAGGAGAUGGAAAUGAAAGAAGAUCCCAUUGUUCGAAUGCAGCGUGAAAACCAACGUUUGGUGGAGGAAAAUCUACGUUUAGAACGUGAAAACGAUAGUUUAGCAUAUGAGAUUGUCACAACGCAAGUAUCUAUGCAAGAAGUUAUUACUGAUAGAGAAGGAAAGUUAAACAUACUAACCAAAGAAGCGGAAAAGCACCGAAAACAUCUCAUGGAAGGAGAGGAAGAAAUUGGAAGACUAAAGAUUGAGGAAGCACGAGUAAAAGACAUGUGGAGAGGCAGUAUGAACACAGCAGACGAAGAAAAAGCCAAACAAGCCCGCAUCAUUGAUGAUUACAAAAAAAUUUUAACCAGGUUGGAAGCAAGAAAUGAGAAAUUUAAGAAGGAUAUGGAGGCAGAUUUGGAUAUACUAAAACGACAGAUUUAUAGCUGCGAAAGUUGCACAGCUGCCCUAGUGAAGGGUCUGUAUAAAAACGAUCAGACCAACGAUGAAGCUUCACCGCAAAAGAACUCACUCUCCUCCUUAUUGAUUAAAGAUGAUACCGAAGAACAAUUAAGAAACUUAGAAGCUGAACUUAUACAAACCAAAGUUGCUCUUGCGGAGGAGAAAAACAGAGGUGAUGAAAUCGAAAUGAGGUUACAUCAAUACGCGGCUGCUGCUGAGAAACCAUGGUACAAAAAAGUAGCGAUCAACAGUAAGCGCUGAUUUUAACAGUGGCUAAUUGGUAAUAUAAUUUCGUGUAUUGCUUACACGUUUACAAGUGUACUUCCAAAGCAUCAUGGGUUACUCCAAUGAUGUCAAAUCGGUCAGGAUAUUAGUUAAUUUUUUUCCUUUACAAAUAUCGAUAAAUUCUUCAAUUACUGAUCCCAAAUAAUUGUUGAAUUAAUAUUGUAUUAAGGAGAGAGACUAGUAGAAAUAUUUUUUGACCACAUAGAAAGCCGAUAAAUAUCAAUUCGCUUCAAGUAAGAUCUACGAAAUUCAGAAGAAAUUAUUAUUUUUCGUGUUCGUCAUGUUUUUUUUCGCAGAUUACAUUUUAUUGUUUAUUUUUCCGAAUUGUUUAUUUAUGUUAAAGGAGAAAUUUCUCUAGUGUAAAGAAAACAGAAAAGACAUAUCGUCUAAUAUAACCUACUUUGGACAUGAUAAUAAAUUCUCGUGGGACGGUAUGCUACGUAAUUUAUUUUGGUUUGAUCUGAAGUAAGCUGGUGCGUUGAUGCAAGAUAUUUCGAAUGUCUCUCCAUCGAAGCACUGUUUUUAUUCAAUCACACCCCAUACAUGUGUUGAAUUACAUUCCAACUAAAUUUAAAGAAACAUAUCAGCAUUUCCUUUCCUACAACGGAUGUCAUGUUCCAAAUAGGACAUUUUUUCUAUUGUAUAUAAUACUUCAAAAUACUACAAUUAUAUGUUUUAUUUUGUUUUAACAAAUGUUUAGAUGUUAACAUAUUUAAAAAUCGAAUUUUCGAUAAAAUCUAUUAACGUCACUCCGCAGAAAAGCAUAAGCAUGAACAUUUCUAAGUUAUUACGGCAAAACAUCAAGGUUGAAAUUAUGUAAGUACUUUCUGAGACUAAACGCCGGCUGUUGAGUCCCAGAUGAAAAAUCUCUUCUUCGCACUUCUCUUCCAACUCCUAAAGAAAGAGAGUUUAAAACCUAUAUACAGGAUUCUUUGAUUGCGGUUAUGUGCAAAAUAGAUAAACGGUGAAAUAUUCGAUUUUUUUAGUUUUCUAUUUGCUAUUGUAUUUUUUAUUUUGAUAAAGUUGUAUAAGUAAAUUAUAUAAAGAUAAUAUUCAAAACUUUA